AUGUGCCUGAACCAAAACGACACUAUUUCGUUGAUUUACCCAGUCUUGUUUCCUCAGGCGGAUGAUGGAUCCAUGUCGGUCUUGGGACGGUCGUUCUUUGCUCCAGAGCCAAGAGGACUAGCGUUUCAACGGUCGCGUCAGAAGGGACCGCUGUAUCCGUACUGGUACGGCCGAAGGAGCCGUGGGUACGGCACGAAAGACUGCACCGGCUAG